AUCUCGCCCCGCCCACCAGGAAGAACUCCGCAGAUAUGAAAUCACGGAUUAUGUCUCUUUGUUUUUCCUCUGGCUCGUUAAAAAAGUAGAAAAGAUCAUGUUACAGUAUCAGCAUGUGGAGACACUGUCGCACUGAGACUGCCUUCAUCCUUUGAUGGGAAUAAUAAUCCGAUAUCUGCCCGCUUGUUUGUUUUUAUUCCGUCAGAGCACCGUUAGAAGACGGCACCAGAACAUCAUGUCAAGACGACUUAAUGCGCGCAGAACAGAUGGCGUCGAGAAGAAUGUAUGGGUGGAAUUUUCUAAACUGGCUGCAGACUACGAAGCUGUGAACCUCGGACAAGGAUUUCCAGACUUCUCACCACCUCCAUUUAUUCAGGAGGCGUUUUGUAAAGCAGUGAGUGGAGGACCAUCCAUGCACCAAUACACUAGAGCCUUUGGCCACCCUCCUCUUGUAAAAAGUCUGGCUAAAUUCUUCAGCAGGAUUGUGGGACAUGAGAUUGAUCCUUUUGAGGACAUCCUGGUCACAGUAGGGGCGUAUCAGGCACUCUUCUCUGCGUGUCAGGCUCUGGUUGAUGAAGGAGAUGAGGUGAUCAUCAUCGAGCCGUUCUUUGACUGCUACCAGCCAAUGGUGGUAAUGGCUGGAGGCAAGGCAGUAUAUGUACCCCUGAGGCCGAAAAAGGAGAGCGGCACUGUCCUGUCAAGUGGAGACUGGGUUCUUUCCGCUGAGGAGCUGGCCAGCAAAAUCACUCCACGCACAAAAGCCAUUAUUAUCAACACUCCCAACAACCCGUUAGGAAAGGUUUACAAGACUCAAGAGCUCCAAGUGAUCGCAGAUCUGUGCAUCAAACACGACUUGCUGUGCAUUAGCGACGAGGUAUACGAGUGGCUGACUUAUGACGGAGCCAAGCACGUAAAGAUAGCCAGCCUCCCUGGCAUGUGGGAUCGAACCAUAACGAUCGGCAGUGCUGGAAAGACUUUCAGUGCCACUGGAUGGAAGGUGGGCUGGGCUAUUGGCUCUGCACAUGUCAUGAAACACAUAAAAAACAUCCACCAGAACUCGGUUUACCACACUGCAACAGCUGCUCAGGAGGCAGUAGCUCAUGGAUUUGACAGAGAGUAUCAGCUGUUUGGGACUCCAGAGAGCUACUUCCAGCAGCUGCCUGACAUUCUGCAACACAAGAGGAAGAAGCUGGCCUCGUUUCUGGAGAGUGUAGGUUUGCAGCCCAUCAUGCCAGAGGGAGGCUAUUUUAUGAUCACAGACAUCUCCUCUGUCAAGGUGGACAUCAACGACGAAAGCACUAAGGAUGAAGCCUAUGAUUUCAGAUUUGUGAAGUGGCUCAUUAAAGAAAAGGGUUUAGCAACAAUCCCCGUCUCUGCUUUCUACAGUCCAGAGCACAGCAAGGAGUUUGACAAGUACAUCAGAUUCUGCUUUGUCAAGGAAGACUCCACCCUGGAAGCAGCAGCGGACAUCUUGAAGAAAUGGAGUAAAGGACAAUAAAAUCCAUUCAGAUCUCAUCGAGCUACUUAAAAUGACUUGGUCUGAAUGAUGAUUUAAGUCAACAUCCUAAUUUCCAAGAUUAUGUCCACACAUUAGCUGUGAAUAACACUCAGAUUUUCAUGUGCAGGGAUUUUGUGCUGAGAAAUGUGAAUGAAAUAUUUCCCUUUUUGUUUUUGUUAGAUUUUGUCUAUUUAAACUGUGCGUUGCAUUGUAACUGCAGUGAUACGGUUAAAUAAUAAAAAACAUUAUGAAGGUG